AUGAAGGUACUUCUUUGCUUGCCACUGACCAUGCUGCUGCUGCUUUUCCAGCCCUGGGAAACCCAGCUUCAGUUCUCAGGUCCCAGGUGCCAUGCUGGGCCCCUGGAUUUGGUAUUCGUGAUUGACAGCUCCCGUAGUGUGCGCCCCUUCGAGUUCGAGACGAUGCGGCAGUUUCUGGUGGGCCUCCUCCGCCACUUGGACGUGGGGCCCAACGCCACGCGCGUAGGCGUGAUCCAGUAUUCGAGUCAAGUGCAGAGCGUCUUCCCGCUUGGUGCCUUCUCACACCGCGAGGACAUGGAGCGAGCCAUCCGUGCCCUGGUGCCACUGGCACAGGGCACCAUGACCGGGCUGGCAAUCCAGUACGCCAUGAACGUGGCCUUCAGCGUGGCCGAGGGCGCCCGUCCACUGGAGGAGCACGUGCCACGCGUCGCUGUCAUCGUGACCGAUGGGCGGCCACAGGAUCGCGUAGCCGAGGUGGCAGCGCAGGCGCGUGCUCGUGGCAUUGAAAUUUAUGCUGUGGGGGUGCAGCGUGCAGACGUGGGCUCUCUGCGCACCAUGGCGUCGCCCCCUCUGGACGAGCACGUGUUCCUCGUUGAGUCCUUCGACCUUAUUCAGGAGUUUGGCCUGCAGUUCCAGGGCCGGCUGUGUGCCAUUGACCUGUGUGCUGAAGGGACCCAUGGCUGUGAGCACCACUGCGUCAAUUCCCGGGGCUUCUAUUUCUGUCGCUGCCAAGCUGGCUUUAUACUGCAGCAAGACCAGAGGAGCUGCAGGGCCAUUGACCAUUGCAGCUUCGGGAACCACAGCUGCCAGCAUGAGUGUGUUAGUACCCUUGGUGGGCCACAAUGCGGCUGCAGAGAGGGCCAUGACUUGCUGCCCGAUGGGAGGAGCUGUCAGAUCCGGGACCUUUGCAAUGGUGUGGACCAUGGCUGUGAAUUCCAAUGUGUGAGUGAGGGCCUCUCCUACCGCUGCCUGUGCCCUGAGGGGCGGCAACUGCAGGCAGAUGGCAAGAGCUGCAACCGGUGCCGGGAAGGCCAUGUGGACCUUGUACUGCUUGUGGAUGGCUCCAAGAGCGUGCGCCCGCAGAACUUUGAGCUGGUGAAGCGCUUCGUGAACCAGAUCGUGGACUUUCUGGACGUGUCCCCCGAGGGCACGCGCGUGGGGCUGGUGCAGUUCUCGAGCCGCGUGCGUACCGAGUUCCCGCUGGGCCGCUACGGCACCGCAGCCGAGGUGAAACAGGCGGUGCUGGCGGUGGAGUACAUGGAGCGCGGUACCAUGACAGGACUGGCGCUGCGCCACAUGGUGGAGCACAGUUUCUCAGAGGCGCAGGGCGCGCGGCCCCGUGCCCUCAACGUGCCUCGUGUCGGCUUGGUCUUCACUGACGGACGCUCACAGGAUGACAUCUCGGUGUGGGCAGCACGCGCCAAGGAGGAAGGCAUCGUCAUGUACGCCGUGGGCGUGGGCAAGGCGGUAGGGGAGGAGCUGCGCCAGAUUGCCUCAGAGCCGGCGGAGCUGCACGUGUCUUACUCCCCGGACUUCAGCACCAUGACGCAUCUGCUGGAGAACCUCAAAGGCAGCAUCUGCCCCGAGGAGGGCAUCAGCGCCGGGACAGAGCUCCGAAGCCCGUGCGAAUGCGAAAGCCUCGUGGAGUUCCAGGGCCGCACGCUGGGGGCGCUCGAGAGCCUGACGCAGGACCUGGCCCAGCUGACGGCGCGCCUGGAGGAUCUGGAGAACCAGCUGGCCAAGCAGAAGUGA